UGGGAAACCGGAAGGAGGAAGGGACCCGGAAGGGCUGCCCGGGGAGGAGGCCGAGGCUCGGCCGCCGCUGCUGCCGUCGUUGAAGUCGCCCCCCGGCCCCUCCUGCUCGCCAUGGACGAUACACUGUUCCAGUUGAAGUUCACGGCAAAACAGUUGGAGAAACUGUCAAAGAAGGCUGAAAAGGACUCAAAGAGUGAGCAAGCUAAAGUCAAAAAGGCUCUUCAGCAGAAGAAUGUGGAGUGUGCUCGGGUCUAUGCAGAGAAUGCCAUCCGCAAGAAGAACGAAGGGUUAAACUGGCUCCGGAUGGCUUCCAGGGUAGAUGCCGUGGCCUCCAAGGUCCAGACAGCAGUGACCAUGAAAGGGGUGACGAAGAACAUGGCUCAGGUGACCAAAGCAUUGGACAAAGCGCUAAACUCCAUGGACCUGCAGAAGGUCUCAGCCGUGAUGGAUAAAUUCGAACAGCAAGUUCAGAACUUGGAUGUUCACACUUCGGUGAUGGAGGACUCUAUGAGCUCCGCCACCACGCUGACCACCCCUCAGGAGCAGGUCGACAGCCUCAUCGUGCAGAUCGCCGAAGAGAACGGCUUGGAGGUCCUGGAUCAGCUGAGCCAGCUUCCCGAGGGGGCUUCCGCCGUCGGGGAGAGCUCGGUGCGGAGCCAGGAGGACCAGCUAUCCCGGAGGUUGGCUGCCUUACGGAAUUAAAGUGUAUUCCCGGCCCGA